AGAAGCUAUUUGCCUAUUUCUUUCAGAUGGGCAGAAAGCUCUUUAAUGGCGACUGAAGUUGGCAACUUUUUUUUAUGUCUCCCGCCGAUUCAGCUCUUACCGACGACUUUCUCGAAGGUUUUCCGCUUAAACUAAGGCUAAAACCCGUAACUUUCCCGUGUCGGUUCAAGAGACCAGUCUAUUGUGUUGCGUCGUCUCAGGUUCCGGCGGCAUUUCCGACGAAGUGAAGGUCAAUCGCCAGGAGUUGUUCCACCACUUGUUUCUCACUUUAUUGAGUCUGAUAUCCUAACUCUUAAAGUUUAGUGCGGUGGAUCCCGAGUUAGCCUUCAGUUCCAAGCUUGAAAUAGGGGCGUUUUGGCAUGUUAGUUAUUUCUAGGGUUUCUUUACUGAAGAUUCUAGUCAUUCUUGGUAUGGUUUGCUUUGCUUUAUAGAGCCUUCUCGUUUUGGUUAUUCCUUUCCGGUAGUAGCUUCGAAAUCAUCUGCUAACGAGAUUUUUCCUUGUUGAAUCGGUCAUUUCGUGUUUUGUUGGAGGUCUUUAUCUGCUUUUUCGUCUCUACAGGUAAUCUCAACAACUUUUGCCUUUCAGCUCAUAUCAGUUAGAAAACAAACAAUGCUAGUGCUAUUGGCUUACUUUCUCUAGAAAUGGACCGGAAUUGUUCAUUUGAACAUCUUCCCCCCACACAAACAUAAACAAACACAUCAAUCUAAAAGUACUUACUAUUUGUUGAAGGUUUAGUUCGUGAAUCAGUCCUUUCCAGCCCUAACUGUAAACCCGGUCACAGAAUCGUGUUUUUAGAAAAAUUUCUCCACAGUUCUGGUUAUUACAUCUGAGAUUUCUCAGUGCUGUUACUUCUCUUUGCCUUUGAAACUCGUUUUGGAGGUUGUAAGAAGCUUCCUACAGUGCAAUGGCCGCUUAACAUCUGCUCAGGUAGCUGUUGAAAUGGGAAAGCUACUUGGGUUUUUUUCCUUUCUUGUCUUAGUCCCGCUUUUUGUGAGAUCUUUGGAUUCAGUUCUCAAUGACGAUGUUCUUGGGCUAAUUGUCUUCAAGGCUGACCUCCAAGAUCCAGAGUCGAAAUUGAUAUCUUGGAAUGAAGACGAUGACAGCCCCUGCAAUUGGGUGGGAGUAAAAUGCGACCCCAGGACCAACCGGGUCUCUGAGCUUGUUCUUGAUGGAUUCUCUCUAUCUGGGCGUAUUGGCCGAGGACUCCUCCAACUGCAAUUCCUUCGCAAACUAUCCCUCUCAAACAAUAAUUUCACGGGGAGCAUAAACCCCAAUCUUGCACGACUUGAGGGCCUGCGGAUCAUUGAUCUUAGUGAUAACAGUCUGUCAGGAUCAACACCAGAUGAUUUUUUCCUGCAAUGUGGUUCUUUAAGAGCAAUAUCCUUUGCCAAGAACAACUUGUCAGGACAGAUCCCCCAGAGUUUGAUCUCAUGUUCAACCCUUGCGAGUCUUAAUUUCUCCUCCAAUCAGCUAUCUGGCCCGUUGCCAUCUGGAAUCUGGUCUUUGAAUGGCCUUCGAUCACUUGAUCUUUCAGACAAUCUACUGGAGGGCGUGAUUCCAAAAGGUAUGGAAAGCUCAUAUAAUUUGAGAUCAAUCAAUUUACGGAAGAACCGGUUUUCGGGGCAAUUACCUGAUGAUAUAGGAGGCUGUUCACUCUUGAGGUUGAUUGAUUUCAGCGAGAAUUCUCUAUCUGGGAGCCUUCCAGAUUCAAUGCGGAGACUUACCAUGUGUAGUUCUCUGAGUUUGCAUGGCAAUCUAUUUAGUGGAGAACUUCCGGCAGUGAUUGGAGAAAUGAGAAGCCUUGAGGCUGUAGAUCUGUCCGGGAAUAUGUUUGCUGGUGGCAUCCCAGGUUCAUUGGGGAAUCUUCAAUCACUGAAACUAUUAAACCUGUCUAGUAAUGGGUUUAGUGGAGGUGUGCCUGAUUCCUUGAGCAACUGUAAAAACCUAUUGAUCAUCGAUUUUAGUCAAAAUUCAUUGACAGGUAACCUACCAGCAUGGAUUUUUGGAUUGGACUUGCAGAAGGUUUCCCUUUCAGAGAAUAGACUAAGUGGAGUGAUAAAAAAUCCUUCCCCCCUAUCAAUGGAGCCAUCAUAUAGUAACCUACAGGUCUUGGAUUUGUCAGAUAAUGCAUUUUCUGGUGAAAUUCCCGGGAAUAUUGGGGUUUUUAGCAACUUGCUGAUCUUGAAUGUAUCCAGGAACUCUCUCGUUGGUUCUAUCCCAACAAGUAUAGGUUAUUUGAAGGCUGUAACUAUUCUUGAUUUGAGUGAGAACAGACUGAAUGGUAGCAUCCCAUCUGAAAUUGGGGAGGUUGUUUCUUUGAAGGAACUGAGGUUGGAAAAGAACUUCCUAGCUGGCAAAAUUCCAUUCCAGAUUGGGAAGUGUUUGUCCUUAACAUCUCUGAUCCUGUCGCAGAACAACUUCUCAGGUCCAAUUCCUGCAACCUUAGCAAAUCUCACCAAUCUCAAAAUUGUAGAUUUAGCCCUGAAUAAUCUGUCUGGAAGCCUGCCCAAGCAGCUAGCCAAUCUCCCCUAUCUUUUGUCUUUCAAUAUCUCCCACAACCACCUCCAAGGAGAGUUACCUGCUGGUGGCUUCUUCAACACUAUCUCCCCCUCCUCAGUUUCUGGUAAUCCAUCCCUUUGUGGCUCUGCUGUUAACCGCUCGUGCCCUGCUGUCCUUCCCAAACCAAUUGUCCUUAACCCUAACUCAUCUUCUGAUUCCUCUGGCAUGGGUUCAUUCUCUCCUAACCUUCACCCCAAGAAGAUCAUUCUCAGCAUCUCUGCCCUAAUUGCAAUUGGUGCUGCCGUCGUGAUUGCCCUCGGCGUGGUUGCUGUCACUGUCCUCAACUUCCGUGUGCGGUCAUCUACUUCACGUUCUGCUGCAGCCCUCAUGCUUUCGGGUGUUGAUGACUUCAGCCAUUCUCCUACCACCGAUGCAAACUCAGGCAAGCUUGUCAUGUUUUCUGGUGACCCUGAUUUCAGUGCCGGGGCCCAUGCCCUGCUCAACAAGGACUGUGAACUUGGCCGUGGUGGUUUUGGAGCUGUAUACCGUACGGUACUCAGAGAUGGCCAUCCAGUUGCCAUCAAGAAGCUUACUGUGUCAAGCCUUGUUAAGUCCCAGGAAGAUUUUGAGAGAGAAGUAAAGAAGUUGGGGAAGAUUCGACACCCUAAUCUUGUGGCGCUCGAAGGCUAUUACUGGACUCCAUCACUGCAACUCCUUAUUUAUGAGUUUAUUUCUGGUGGGAGUUUGUAUAAACACUUGCAUGAAGGAGCGGGUGGAAGCUUCCUCUCAUGGCAUGAGAGGUUCAACAUAAUUCUAGGGACGGCAAGAAGCCUGGCUCACUUGCACCAACUGGACAUAAUCCACUACAAUCUGAAAGCAAGCAACGUCCUGAUUGACAGCACUGGGGAGCCAAAGGUUGGAGAUUUUGGAUUGGCGAGGCUGCUACCGAUGCUUGAUCGUUAUGUUUUAAGCAGCAAGAUACAGAGUGCACUUGGGUACAUGGCGCCUGAAUUUGCAUGUCGGACAGUGAAGAUAACGGAGAAGUGUGACGUAUAUGGGUUUGGGGUUUUGUUGUUAGAGGUGGUGACAGGGAAACGGCCUGUGGAAUAUAUGGAGGAUGACGUGGUGGUGCUGUGUGACAUGGUGAGAGGGGCAUUAGAAGAAGGUAGGGUGGAGCAGUGCGUGGACGGGAGGCUCAGUGGAAACUUCCUAGCGGAGGAAGCAAUUCCAGUGAUGAAGCUAGGGUUGAUCUGUACGUCACAGGUGCCAUCAAAUAGGCCGGACAUGGCAGAAGUGGUUAAUAUAUUGGAAUUGAUCAGAUGCCCAUCCGAAGGCCAAGAGGAGUUGGUAUGAAUUUGACUCUUUUUUUUUAAUUUACUACAACUAGAAAGGGAGAACAUAGAAGGGAUGGAUAAUGGGUAUUCCGGCGAAGAAGAAUCCGGCUAGUUUAGCAGUCUAAUUACACAGCGAGAGAGAGAGAGAGAGAAGAAAAAUUGAUUGUUGUAAUUUUUGGUUUUUAGGAAAUUUCCUAUUCACUCGUUUGUUUUCUGUAGGUGUUGGAGGUUUCUGUUUGUAGUUUCUUCUGUGUCAUCAUUUCUUAGAUUAUGUUAUUAUUGCUAUUGUUAUUAUAAUAUUGCCGGAUUCUUUUUCACCGGGUUUCAAUUUGGAAGCCCUUUUGAAAUCUGAAUUGUGAACCAAUUGUUUUGUAUUGUGGCUGAAUUUCUCAAGUCAUUAUUGGUUCAAUUUUUUUGC